CAGCAUUGGAGGAGCUGUGAGAGGCUGCUGAGAGGAGCUGUGGUGGCUGCAGUGGAGACUUCUGGAUUUUCCUCUAGAGUGGGGGAUUCGGUGAAGGAAGCUCGUAACAUGGCGGAUAGCGAGGAAGGCUUUGGGCUCCCGACCACGCCGGCUGACUCGGAGGCCAAGGAGCUGCAAGCUGAAGCCAAGCAGGACACUCAGCUGGGGGCCACCAGCAAGUCUCCCACCUCCCCCCAGGCAGCCUUCACCCAGCAGGGCAUGGAGGGGAUCAAAGUGUUUUUGCACGAACGGGAGCUGUGGCUGAAGUUUCACGAAGUGGGGACAGAGAUGAUCAUAACAAAGGCCGGGAGGCGUAUGUUCCCCAGUUACAAAGUGAAGGUCACUGGGCUCAAUCCCAAAACCAAAUACAUUCUGCUGAUGGAUAUUGUACCAGCGGAUGACCACAGAUACAAAUUCGCCGAUAAUAAAUGGUCGGUGACGGGGAAAGCAGAGCCGGCCAUGCCCGGGAGGUUGUACGUUCACCCCGACUCCCCGGCUACUGGUGCCCACUGGAUGAGGCAAUUGGUUUCCUUCCAGAAGCUCAAGCUCACCAACAACCACCUCGAUCCUUUCGGACAUAUCAUCCUCAACUCCAUGCACAAAUACCAACCCCGGCUCCACAUCGUGAAAGCCGACGAGAACAACGGCUUCGGCUCCAAAAACACCGCCUUCUGCACCCACGUCUUCCCGGAGACCGCCUUCAUCGCCGUCACCUCUUACCAAAACCAUAAGAUCACCCAGCUGAAGAUAGAGAACAAUCCCUUUGCCAAGGGCUUCCGCGGCAGCGACGACAUGGAGCUGCACAGGAUGUCCAGGAUGCAGAGUAAGGAGUACCCGGUUGUUCCCAGGAGCACGGUGAGGCAAAAAGUGUCCUCCAACCACAGCCCCUUCAGUGGGGAGUCCAGGGUCCUCUCUGCCUCCUCCAACAUGGGCUCCCAGUACCAGUGUGAGAACGGAGUGUCCAGCACCUCCCAGGACCUGCUCCCGCCUGCCAACCCCUACCCCAUCUCCCAGGAGCACAGCCAGAUCUACCACUGCACCAAGAGAAAAGAUGAGGAAUGUUCCACCACCGAGCAUCCUUACAAGAAGCCCUACAUGGAAACUUCUCCAGCAGAAGAAGAUCCUUUCUACAGGUCCAGUUACUCCCAGCAGCAGGGACUCAACACCUCAUACAGGACUGAAUCAGCCCAGCGCCAAGCAUGUAUGUAUGCCAGCUCUGCUCCCCCCACGGACCCAGUGCCCAGCCUAGAAGACAUCAGCUGUAACACAUGGCCAAGUGUGCCCUCCUACAGCAGUUGCACAGUGUCUGCCAUGCAGCCAAUGGACAGGUUACCCUACCAACACUUCUCUGCCCACUUCACCUCCGGGCCACUCAUGCCCCGCCUGAGCAGCGUGGCCAACCACACCUCCCCCCAACUAGGAGACACCCACGGCAUGUUUCAGCACCAAAGCUCCGUUUCUCACCAACCCAUCGUCCGGCAGUGUGGACCUCAAACCGGCAUCCAGUCCCCUCCCAGCAGCUUACAGCCAGCAGAAUUCCUCUAUUCCCACGGCGUGCCUCGAACCCUUUCACCCCACCAGUACCACUCGGUCCACGGCGUGGGCAUGGUGCCAGAGUGGAGCGAGAACAGCUAACAAGGGCGGGCGGAGAUGCGCAAGAGCCUUAGCCCUGGGGGAGGGAGGGGAGAGAGGGAGGGAGAGGGAACGAAAUAAUUAACGGGAAAAGGAACAACAACAGCAACAAACUCAACAAACCAACCUGGUGGAGAAGAAAACCGAGAGCGUUUCGCAAGGCUCCUGGACGUGAACGUUCACCGACAGCACUCGAGAGGGACGGGCACGGACUGAGCGCAGCCCAAAGAGCCAUCAGCCUCGCUGUGACUUUUCCUCCUUCCCUCCUUUUUUUUUUUUGGUUGCUUUUAGUUUUGUUUGGGUUUUUUUUUUUUUUUCUCGUUCGUUUUUG